UUACACGCUAGAAUGAGACGAAGAUGACUUCUAACUACAGAUUGUUAAACACAAUUUUCUUCAUUAUUCUAGGAAAUAUCUCGGCGUUGCCAGCAAUUAAACAGGCACCUGAGCAUACUCUCAAGACAUGUACACAAAGGAAAGGAUAUGAAAUUAAAUGUGAAGACUUCAGUCAAGAGGAGACGGAUGACAAUGUAAGUCGGUGGCCUCCUGGGCCUUACGUUAUCCCUAUGACACUUCACGGUUGCCCAGAAUCGUCAAUGUAUGGAUGGCAAGAAGGUUACCUGGAUAUUACAUGGCAAAGUCCACAAAAUGCACAUGUGCUCAUUAGUGGCGAUGAGGAUUCUUUUGACAAAGUUAUCAACGUGUCUAAAGAACACUUCUUUGAAACAUCAGAUAGACACAUUCUUGUUUCACGAAGCCCAUAUGAGUUCAAAUUUGGCUUUUGUUAUAAAGUCAUAAGGAACAUAUCUGUAGACAUUGGUUUUUGGCCAAAUUGGGAUUUCAGUAUUUAUGGGACAGAAAAUGGAUGCCCUGAAGGUUUCGUUCAAAGUUCAUCUCGAACAGUGUUACCAAAUAUUUCUCACUGGGAUUCUCACGGCCAUUUGCCGGAUUUUGUUUUAACAAACAAUGGGACGAAUGAUAUUCUUCAAAUAAGCCUUUGCUCCCGAAACACUUCACGUGAUAAACAAACUAAUGCUACUGAAACUGACAACAAUGAUAGAUAUUCUGAGUUUAUUAACUUAUCGGGAAUGAUGAACAAACCCUAUUGGACAAGUUUCUUCCUUAUCAAAGGGGAUUCAAUUUCAUGCCCGACACAUAGAAAUGCGAUUGAAAGCGAAGAAAGUUUAUAUCUGGAACAAUAUAGCACCGACAAAGAUGUCAAAAUGAUGCUGGCGACCGAUACAUUUUGUUAUUAUGAAUUAAAUACAUAUACUGACGAAAUGGAGAUGUGGCUCCUAGAGAAAAGAUUAAAGAAUGCGUACAGUGUUUAUGUUUUAAGUGUAACUGAAGGUGUAUACACAACAACAAAAGUUUAUUGGUUCAUGGUUGUAAACAAGGACUAUUACUGGAAAGUUAUUGACCUUGGGAAAACUAUUGCUGUUUCUGCCGUUGACGUUACAACCACUAAUGAUACAAUAAAUGUUUGUCGUGAUAUGAAUGUCAAAUGUUUCAUAAGCAGAGAGGAAAUGGAUUUUAUGCACAAAGGCGCUGUUUUAUGCAAACAUGUAAAUGUUUGCCGUCUAGGAACUAUCUCACUUAGUCUAUUGUUCACAAGGGUUAUGGAAGGCCGCUUCCUAGCAUUGUCUAUUGACAAUAUCGAGGACGACUUGAACAUCAAUGUAUAUACUCAACAAGUUAUUAACGAUGAAAUGGGAAUUUGUAAUAAUGACCUUGGUAUGAGCGAUAUGAGUAUCAAAGACAGUCAAAUUUCGGCAUCGUCAUCUUCUUUAGAGUACACACCAAACAAAGCUAGACCUCUUUCCUCCGGAUGGUGCUCAGAACAAAACGACGAUUUUCCAUAUAUAAAGGUUGA